AUGGGCCGCCUGCUGGCCCUGACUGUUGCCUACCUGGCCUACCUGCUGGCCGCCGUGAUCGGCUCAGAUCGCCAACAGCACCACGUGCAGCACGGCCCCUGCACCUACACCUUUAUCCUCCCCGAGGUGGAGCACUGCCAUCCCCUGAAAGACUUUGAGGUCACUAACACGCUCCAGAGGGACUCCCCGCCACAAGUCGAGCCUGACGUGAGCCAAUCUAAGCAGGGUAAGGCCCAAAAAGAGAGGCCUUCCUGGCAGGAGAGGAAGCUGGAGAGUCUGGAGAGCGCCAUGGAGAAUAAUACCCUGUGGUUGCAGAAGCUGGAGAACUUCAUCCAGGAGAAUGUGCGCUCUGGGAUGGAGGAAAUGAAGAGAACUGCGGUACACACCCAGACAGCUGCCAUGCUGGAGAUGGGGACCAACCUCCUCAGCCAAUCAGCGGAGCAGACUCGCAAACUGACAGAUGUUGAAACCCAGGUUUUAAACCAGACAAGUCGCCUGGAGAUCCAGCUGCUGGAGUACUCGCUCUUCACUAACCGGUUGGAGAAACAUAUUCUCCUGCAGACUCAGGAAAUCUCACGCCUCAGUGAUAAAAACAGUUUUCUGGAGCAGAGGCUCUUAGCGCUGGAGGCUCGGUACGGGCGGGAGUUGCAGGGCUUGCAGAGUGAAAAGCAGCAGCUUCAGGAGCUUCUGGAGAGGCAGAGUGAUCUGGUCAGUCAGCUCCAGGGUGAGCUGGGCAGCUCCACACUCAACAGCACUCUACUACAGAGACAGCAGGCUGUGCUCACAGACACUGUUCAGCAGCUGCUGGCUAUGGUCAACCACUGCAAUGAAAUCUCCAAUAUGCCCAAGGAGGAGCCACUUAGUUUCAGGGACUGUGCGGAGAUCCUGCGAUCUGGAGUGACAGAGAGUGGAAUAUAUAGCAUACGCCUCCCCAACUCCACCCAGACUGUCAAGGUUUUCUGUGAUAUGAAGACUAGAGGUGGAGGGUGGACAGUGCUGCAGCAUCGCAGAAAUGGAUCUGUUGACUUCCAUCGCGGGUGGAGGGACUACAAAAUGGGCUUUGGAGAGCUGUCUGGGGAACACUGGCUGGGAAAUGAUAUCAUCCACAAGCUCACCAGCUCUCAGGAAUACAGUCUGCACGUCCAGCUAAAAGACAGAGAAGGGAAUGAGGCCUACUCACAUUAUGAUCGCUUCUACAUAGAUGGAGAGGACAACAACUACAGCCUUCAUGCCGAGGGCUUCAGUGGCACAGCUGGACGGACCAGCAGCCUCACCCACACUGGCACCCAGUUCAGCACCAAGGACAGAGACAACGACCGCUGCACCUGCAAGUGUGCCCAGCUCGCAUCUGGAGGUUGGUGGUUUGAAGCUUGUGGUCCAUCCAACCUGAAUGGCAUAUACUACCCCAUCUCAUCCAGUGUGGUUCGCUACAACGGUAUUAAGUGGUACUAUUGGAAGGGUCCAAAUCUGAUGGCUACUAUGACAACCAUGAUGGUGCGCCCGGCAAACUUGUGAUGGCAUGGCUCGCUCUUGAUGUUAUAUUAUGAAGUGGAUGUAAUCCCUAAUGAAUAUAAUGAACAAUACCCAGGAAAUGGUACAUUUUGGAAGAACAUUUUUUAUCAGACUGUUGAUGUUUUUAGCUUUUGGACAUCUUGAAUGGGUGCUUUAGCACUGGCUUGAGUAUAUAUACAGACUCUCAGCAAAUGACUGUGCUUUUAGCGAAUUUCUGAGUGAGGAAUUCCACUCACACAAUCUAUUCAAACCAGUGCCCAAACUAUAUUUUAGUAAGGAUUGUUCAGCUGAGAGAGAGGUGGGAGCUAGAGGGUAUGAGCUUUGCUAUACAGAUGACAAUAUAGUACAAGAACACAACUAAUCCAAUCAAAUGAUGCAGUUACAUAAAAUAAAAUUAAUACAAUACAAUUAAUAAACAGAUUAACCUUUGGAAACACUUCAUAGCAAUACUUUUUUUGUUUUUAAAAUAUGAAAAUGUAUGUUGUGUCUUAUUUUGUCUGUUUGCUGUAAAUUAUUUAAGCAAUGUGAUCAAACAGCCAUGUUUCACAGCUAUAGCUAGCUUGCAGAAUGUCAACAUUUUAAAAAUAUACUCAAGUUGUUUUUUGCCAAAGUUCUGACAUUGAGGAUCAAACUAUUGUAAAAAUGUUAUGAGAUUUUGUUUGAUAUUUUACAGUGAAUGUGGAUCUUGCUAUGUACAGUAUAUGUAUGACUAAUAUUAAGCAGUAGUCCUGUGCAAUGCCCUGGUUGUAACUUUAUUCCAGUUUCAUCACUGAGCUAUAAAGCAUCAGUACUUCUUUAAAACUGUCGUUCCAUCCAUACACAAUAUAAUGUAAGAUAACCUACAGGGACUUCAAUGGUUUACCACUGUUAGUAAAACAACACCAUAAAGAACAGCAACAAUAACAGGCUUUGCCCUUUGCUGCAUCUUCCAAAGGCCUUUCCAGUCACACCUCUCAUAAAAAACUUUAUUUGUGAAAGAUCUCACUCAUAAUAGUAAAUCAUACACUUUCACUGUGAUCUACUUUCAAAAAUGAAACAUUUGUAAUAACAUCUGGGAAUAAAGCUGUAAAUUCAAUUUUUACUUUGUUAGAACAAUAAAACCAUGUAUAGCCUGUGGUGCCUAUAAUCCACAGUGCCAGGUGCUUGUUGCCAUGUAAGAUACAUAAACUACAAUGAGCCGCACAUGCUGGACUCAAGAAGUCAGAUGGAGACAGCCUUGCACCAUUGAUCUGAUGAAUCAUCCAAUAACGCUGUUCCCCGUGGUACCCAUUAGAGAGCGGAUGGGUUUCACCUCGACUAACAGUGACCUGGAUGUACAGGUGUACACUGGGGAUGGCAGCCGUUGCUAACUGGAAGACAUUGGCUGGCCAUGUCUACAACCUCUGCUAAUUGUUGCGCUUCAUCAAUGACAGAAACAACACCUCUCACCUCCUUUGUCUAAUCUAUCUCCGAAGUGUGAUUCAUUUCUGACUGACAGCUGCAAAUGUAAUACAACUGCAGAAAUGAGACAAUCAGCUUAAUGAACUGUGAGGGUGGUUUGACUUUUUAUUCCAGUGAGUGUCAA